AUGGUCAUGACUUAUUUUGUGUUUUUUCUAGGGGUGUGUUUUGUUUUUGGGGCGUUAGCGGUUGCAUCUAAUCCAUCUCCAUACUAUGGAGUUGUUGGGUUGGUGUUGGGGUCUGUUGUUGGGUGUGGGUGGUUGAUGAGUUUGGGGGUUUCUUUUAUCUCGUUGGUGUUGUUUAUGGUUUAUUUGGGGGGAAUGCUGGUUGUUUUUGUUUAUUCUGUGGCACUGGCAGCAGAUCCUUUUCCUGAGGCCUGGGGGAAUUGACGGGUUGUGGGGUGUGGUGUGGGAUUGAUUUUAUUGUUGUUUGUUGGGGCUGUGAUUGGUGGUAGUGUUGGUUAUUUAAGUCCCGGGGUGGGUACUGUUGAUAGUGGGGGAGUGGUUUCUGUGCGGUUGGAUUCUAGUGGGGUAGCGAUGUUUUAUUUUUAUGGGGUUGGGAUGUUUUUUAUUGCUGGUUGGGGGUUAUUGUUGACUUUGUUUGUGGUGUUGGAGCUUGUGCGGGGGUUGUCUCGUGGGGCAAUUCGGGCGGUUUAG